UGGGAGAAUCCAUGGCGAGGACUAUUAGCUUUAUAUCCGUUAGGGAAAUAUUUAUCUCAUCAGUUCUGGUCAUGAUUAGAUCAGUUUAAGUCAGUAUAGGUGCAGAAUAAUUAUUUUAAAAAAUGUUUGUUUUGGGGUUGUUGAUUUUGGCGGUGUUUGAAAGUAAUGUGCUUGGAUUUCGUAAUCAUCUUUUAUUCGCCAAACGGCACCCUCUGUAUGCCUCGUUCUACACAGACAAACUAAAACAAUUUGAGGACACUGCCAACACCAGAAACCCACCUACAACGUUCCAAACAAACCUUGGCAAUUUCGCGGACUUCGACAACGGUGCUGACUUACCGAACUUGGAUCACAUCCUCGAAAACACCUCAGGAAACGAAGCAAGAUUCCCCGAUUUCAACCUAGUCUCUCAACAAGAACUUGCCAGUGGACUUAUUGCCAACAGACCUACCCCUUCACCAUCCCAAACUCUGGUAACCGGUAAUGAGUUUGUUAACGACCUACUUUCACAGAACUCCAUAUCAAAUUCGACUAACUCAAGAAACGUCCGACAAAACAGCAAUUCUUCAGUUUCCACACAAUCACCGUUUCGAUUUCAUAUCGAUACUGAAGAGGGGUCGUCUAAAACAGAAGAAACAGGUGGUGGAGGUAACGGAGGAAAUGUCAAGAUAGAAUCAAGAAAACCCGCGUUGAAUUUGCCUAAAAUUUUGCCAGGUUUUUCUGCCGGAACGGAUCAGAAACCUUCGGUUUUGGGGCUGUUUAAAACUGGGUUGAAUACAGCUCAGAAAACCGCUCAGAAUGUGGGGAAUUUUGCGAGGAGUGAGUUUCAAGUUCUAGGAGAUGCGACGAGGGAAACUAGUCAGAAUUUUGGAUUUGGUAGGCCUUUGAGUGGGUUGCUGUCGAGUGGAUUAAGCAGUGUGUAUAAAUAAAAGAUUUCUGUCACCAAAAAACGAUGAUUUUUUUGUUAUACCCUGUAAUUUUAAUAAAAUAAUAAUAUUUUUACUUAGAGCAAUAUUAGAACAGAUAAUGCCAAUCUUAUCUUAGAUACAAAGCUUUAUACAACUUAACAAGUAUUUUUCUAGAUUUGAAUAAAAAUUUUCCCACUAUUUUCCAUUGAA